AUGAACAAUUUGCAAGCCGAUCAAGACAGAAAACCGAAAAUCCAACCGGCAAAGAGGAACAAGCUAAUCUUAUGGAACUUCAAGUUGAUCAAGCGACAAUUUGCUGGGAUGCGCCAAGAAGACUUGCCUGAAGAGCGAUAUUUAGUGGAAGUUCGCAAGAAAGUCUACCGAAGUAAUCGGAAAGGUGUAAAACUGGUUCAAGACAGAAAAACUAUCAUUUCAAUGGACAUGUAUGGUGUUCUUGUAAGCUUUUCCCGAAUGGUGCCUUUUCUUCAAAAAGAAAAAGAGAAAGGUCUUCUUCUCAAGUCACCUGACGAAGGCAUAGAAAUAGACGUCGAUGUAAGAGGGAUAUUUUUGGAUCUGAUUUGCUGGUUUGACAAACACAUCGCAACAACGAAUCUCAGCUCAGCUGAUUUUGAGUGCUUGAUUGAAGACUUAGAUCUUCGACCUAAAAGAGGGAAGAAAAGAAGACGCGAAGACUAG